AAGACGACCGAGCUGUUAAUACGUCGACUACUAUUCCAGAGGAUCUGUCGGGAAGUUACUAUAGAUAUCGCAAGUAAAUCUUCGAGUAGCGAAGCGACGGAAGCGUUUCUUAUACUUGAGUUCGAAGUCUCUAAUAUGCUUGCAAUAUAUACGAAACGAGUAACGUUGCAGCAAAAGGAUAUAGUACUUUGUCGAUGGAUUCGGAAGCGCUUCCUAGGGGAAAAUAACGGAAAAGAUGACUUUUAA